GUUGAAUACGUCAUUUUUAAGAACACAAGUGUGGCUGACAGGAGUGGGUUAGCCGCACGUUUAGCCCCAAAUUGAAUGCAGUGAGGACAAUCGUAUUUCCUCCAUUUGUGGUUAAAGAAGAUGCAUUCACUCCUCAAGGUGGACAAUGAGCUUAACACUAAGGUAAAACAUAAUUUACGUCCACAUGUCAUUCGAAAUCUUGGGUGAAGUUGCUUGUAAUGUUAGAGCUAGCUAGCAAGCAAUUAUUAGUCAGUGAGGCAAAGUGCUAAAGCUAACUUGCUUUAUCUUCCCGCGCCUGUCAUAACGGACAAGGCAAACUGUCUAACAACAGGUGCAUUUCCAUAAUAAAAGGGUUAUUGUUGCUUGUGCCGCAUGUUUCAUAAAGGGCGAGUAUUGGUAGUUAGUUAGUUAGCUAACGGUGUCAAGGUACCGGUAACUCAAUUCAGCACCAUUUUUAGACGUAGCCAGCUAGCAUAUUGAAUUGACGUUGACUGAUGAUUAGCAUCAUCUUGCAGACAGUAUCCUAAUCGAAUCCUAAUUACAUGUUUUAUUCAAACAUGCCUGCUGAUUAUUGAACAUUUAUUUACUUGCCUGUGAUAUGACAGUUGUUGUUUUUGUACAGGUCGAUGCUUUCAGAGAACGAAUUACUGGGGAGGUGAGUUUCCUUUCAGUUGUUCACUGUAUUCAGUGGGGGUCAAAAGUAUCAAGAUAUUGUAGCUAGCUACCUAUAGGUAGAUCUGAAUGUCAUUUUCCAAAUAAACUCCUUGUUUCACAGGCGGAGAACCUAGUUGCAAGUUUUUUCCCAAAUAAGUUAUUGGAACUUGACAAUUUCCUCAAGGUAAACUUAUUUAUGUAAUCAAAAUGUAAAUGAUUAGUCAAAUGUCCUCCAACUUCCCUUUAGAGUGCAUGUGUUGUGCAUGUGUUGUGGCCCAUCUUUUUCAGGAUCCCAUUUUAAACAUCUGUGAACUUAAGGAGAUACACUCAGAAAUCAACUUGACAGUGCCAGACCCCAUUCUACUCUCAAACCAUCUCCACGACGGACUUGAAGCGGUGAGACUUGGAAUGGAAUUAAACACACUGUGAUGACCAAAUGCCAUCUGUAAUUGUAACAGAUGUAAACAAAUUGAUAUCCUCUUCGCAGCAAAAUGCCAAAAAGAGGAAAAUGGAAGAUUGUACUGGGGAGGACAAGGGUGAGUAAUACUACAUGCAUAUUUUGAGUAUUUUCUUCUGUUUUUUCUGGUGUUUACUUAUGGUCAAGCCCACAGUGGUAAGAGGUAUGUUCAUCUUACAGUUACAUUGUAGUCAUUUAGCAGACGCUCUUAUCCAGAGCGACUUACAGUAGUGAGUGCAUACUUUUUCAUACUGGUCCCCCGUGGGAAUUGAACCCAUAACCCUGGUGUUGUAAGUGCCAUGCUCUACCAACUGAGCCACAAGGGAAUAAUGUUCUCUCCCCUCCUACAGAGGCUGGCACCAAGGUCUUUGUCAUGCCUGGUGGGAUGAUGAAGAGUAACGCCAAGCUGGUGGACCUGAUCGAGAAGGUCAAGCCAGAGAUCAGGACACUCAUAGAGAAAUGUAACACGGUACAUAGCGUUUUCCCACACAGUCACUUCCAUAAUCUAUCCCACACAGUCUCUUCCAUAAUAAUUUGCCUUAAUCUAUACCAUAAGCUUAGGUAAGGACAUAUCACCCAUUAUCUGUAGUCCCUAAUAAUCUGUCUGUCUUGUUCUUCAGGUCAAAAUGUGGGUUCAGUUGCUUAUCCCAAGAAUAGAAGAUGGCAACAACUUUGGGGUUUCAAUUCAGGUGCUACGUUUACUUUGUAUUUAUUAAAAGGAGAAAGAAGACGAGUAGGCGGCCAUUAAGUUGCAGUAAACUUUAUUGAACUAUUAACACAAUACAUUUACAAAAUAAUACAUACAGGAGCAGUCAGCAUAGUACCUCAGGACACACAAAUGCAAUGCAUUUCGACUACUAGUCUAUAUGUAUUAAAAGGUGCACCAUUUUUAUUGCUGUCUGUACCUAAGGUCUCAUCUAAGUGUAUAGCUACAUUGAACCAUGGCUCGACCACUGAUUUGGUGUCUGCAGGAGGAGACAGUAGCUGAACUCCGAACAGUGGAGGGGGAAGCAGCAUCGUACCUCGACCAGAUAUCUGGGUACGAACCUCAACCCAGUCUUUACACUCAGUCUUACUGUGGUAGGCUAUAUAACCAUCUUAUAUCCUAUCUGCCCAUAGAUACUACAUCACAAGAGCAAAGCUGGUGUCCAAAAUAGCAAAAUACCCACAUGUGGUAAGUGUGAUUGCUAACUGCAGACCUGUCGCUACACUGUGUGCAUUUACUGAGGGCAAAGCGGCAUUAUGAACAUUUUGGAAAUUGUCCAACCCUAGUAUGCAUUAUUUACCUUCACCUACAUUACUAUUUACCUUAUGUUUCUCUUUCUCUAAACAGGAGGACUACCGGCGCACUGUGACGGAGAUUGAUGAGAAGAAAUACAUCAGCCUCAAGGUCAUAGUUUCAGAGCUGAGAAAUCAAUACGUGAGUGAAAUGUCCUGUUAUACACUGGAAUAGUUUUCCUCACCAUCCAUUUCUACCCACAAGAUAACACAUUGUGUUUUUAAUCCUGAACUCUGCUCUGUUACAGGUAACGUUACACGACAUGAUCUUGAAGAACAUUGACAAGAUCAAGAAGCCUAGGAGCAGUAAUGCUGAGGCAUUGUACUGAGACUGACCCAGCCACCCUUCCCGUUCCGUUCCCUUUCCCUGCCCAGCUGUCGAGGUAACGGAAGGAGUAGCGCUAGACCAUCACUACCAGAUCAGUACAAUCCAGGAAACCAUAGUCGGGGUA